AUGUCACAAAGUAAAUUAAAUAUAUUUCAUUUUCAUAUCGUUGAUGAUCAAUCAUUUUCAUAUGAAUCUUUAACUUAUCUACAAAUGAGUUCGAAAGGUGCAUAUAAAGAACUCCACAUAUAUUCUCAAAAUGAUAUUAAAGAUAUAAUUGAAUUUGCUCCAGAACGUGGUAUUCGUAUAUUUGUUGAAUUUGAUACACCUAGUCAUACAAGAUCAUGA